AUGACCUCCCCAUCUACCAUCACUCAGCGCUUCCUCAGCAACCCUCACCAACUCGGUGUGGUUGCGGUCGGUUUCAACGGCGGCCAGUGCAAAACCGGCGUCGAAGCUGCCCCCAUGGCUCUCGUAGAGGCCGGCCUCCUCGAUCAACUCCGCGACGACCUCGACUACCAAGUCCACCAUGACGGCAAAGUCCACUACUAUGAAGACGUCACUCCCGCCGCAGACGCAGACCCCGACCACCGCGGCAUGAAGAAGCCUCGUGCCGUCAGCGCGGUCACUCAGAAGCUUAGCAGCCAGGUCUACGAGCAUGCGCGCGAGGGCAAGUUCGUGCUCACCCUUGGCGGUGACCACUCGAUUGCUGUGGGGAGUAUCUCCGGGACGGCGCGGGCGAUUCGCGAGAGACUCGGACGGGAAAUGGCGGUUAUCUGGGUGGAUGCGCAUGCGGAUAUUAACAUUCCGGAGAUGAGCCCGAGUGGGAACAUUCACGGUAUGCCGAUGGCGUUUUUGACGCGGUUGGCGAGAGAAGAGCGCGAGGAUAUCUUUGGGUGGUUGAAGGAUGAGCAUAUUAUCAGCACAAGGAAGUUGGUCUACAUUGGUCUGCGGGAUGUAGACCGGGGGGAGAAGAAGCUGCUGCGCGAGAACAACAUCAAGGCGUUCAGCAUGCACGACAUUGACCGACACGGUAUCGGCCGCGUGGUCGAAAUGGCCCUUGCCCAUAUUGGCAACGACACCCCCAUUCAUCUGUCCUUCGAUGUCGACGGCUUGGACCCUCAAUGGGCCCCUAGCACCGGUACUCCUGUACGAGGCGGACUGACCCUGCGUGAGGGUGACUUCAUCUGCGAAUGUGUGCAUGAGACGGGUAACCUGGUCGCCAUGGACCUGGUCGAGGUGAACCCGAGCUUGGAGGAGAAGGGAGCUACGGAGACUAUUCGGGCUGGAUGUUCAUUGGUCAGAAGUGCUCUGGGUGAUACCCUGCUGUGA